AUGGCUCCGAGAGUGAUUGUCGUUGGCGGUGGCCUCUCGGGCUUGAGUGCUGCGCAUACCAUCUACCUCGCCGGCGGCAACGUCGUCGUCCUCGACAAGCAGGGCUUCUUCGGUGGCAACUCCACCAAGGCCACCUCAGGCAUCAACGGUGCCCUGACCAGGACGCAGGUCGAGCACGGCAUCCCCGACAGCGUCAAGCAGUUCUACGAUGAUACCCUAAAGUCGGCCCGCGACAAGGCCCGCCCCGACCUCAUCAAGGUCCUCACCUACAAGUCCGCCGCCGCCGUCGAGUGGCUGCAGGACGAGUUCAACCUCGACCUCACCCUCGUCUCGCGGUUGGGCGGCCACUCGCAGCCCCGGACGCACCGCGGCCACGACGCCAAGUUCCCCGGCAUGGCCAUCACCUACGCCCUCAUGCAGCGUCUUGAGGAGCUGGCCGAGGCCGAGCCCGGCCGCGUCGAGAUCAUCAAGAAGGCGCGCGUCACGAGCCUCAACAAGCAGGGCAACCACGUCACCGGCGUCACCUUCGAGUACGACGGCGAGUCCCGGUCGCUCGACGGCCCCGUCGUCCUCGCCACCGGCGGCUACGCCGCCGACUUUGGCGAGGGCUCCCUCCUGAAGCAGCACCGCCCCGACACCUUCGGCCUCGCCACGACCAACGGCACCCACGCCACCGGCGACGGCCAGAAGAUGGUCAUGGCCAUCGGCGGCAACGGCAUCGACAUGGACAAGGUCCAGGUCCACCCCACCGGCCUCGUCGACCCCAAGGACCCCGGCUCCAAGUGGAAGUUCCUCGCCGCCGAGGCCCUCCGUGGCGAGGGCGGCCUGCUGCUCAACGCCGACGGCGACCGCUUCUGCGACGAGCUCGGCCACCGCGACUACGUCUCGGGCAUGAUGUGGAAGGAGAAGGAGAAGAGCAAGUUCCCCAUCCGCCUCGUCCUCAACUCCAAGGCCUCCAAGGUUCUCGACUUCCACACGCGCCACUACUCUGGCCGUGGCCUCAUGAAGAAGAUGACGGGUAAGGAGCUGGCCAGGGAGAUCGGCUGCACCCCCGAGCACCUCCAGAAGACCUUCACCACCUACAACGCCAUCGCCGACGGCAAGCAAAAGGACCCCUGGGGCAAGAAGUUCUUCCACAACAUGCCCCUCGACGUCGACGACGACUUCCACGUCUCCGUCAUGGAGCCCGUCCUGCACUUCACCAUGGGCGGCAUCGAGAUCAACGACAAGGCCCAGGUGCUGAACCAGGACCAGCAGCCCUUCGACGGCCUCUUCGCCUGCGGCGAGCUGGCCGGCGGCGUCCACGGCGCCAACCGUCUCGGCGGCUCCUCGCUGCUCGGCUGCGUCGUCUACGGCCGCGUCGCCGGCGACACGGCCAGCAACUACCUCUUCCAGCGCGCCCUCCAGGGCACCGGCGCGUCGGCCGCCGAGCGUCUCGGCCAGAUAUCGCUCCACCUCGAUCCCGCCGCGCCCAACCGCGUCACCGUCGAGUGGGCCAACGGUGGCCAGGCCGCCCAGCUCUCGACGCCGACCGCGACGCCCGCCGCGCCCGCCGCCCAGGCCGCCAAGGCCGCCGGCACCAAGGCCUUCCAGAUCCCCGACAAGGAGUUCACCAUGGAGGAGGUCGCCAAGCACAACCAGAAGGGCGACCUCUGGGUCGUCGUCAAGGGCGUCGUCAUGGACCUCACCAACUGGCUCGAGGAGCACCCCGGCGGCCCCAACGCCAUCAUGAACUUCAUGGGCCGCGACGCGACCGAGGAGUUUGAGAUGCUGCACGACGACGAGGUUAUCCCCAAGUACGCCCCGGAUCAGGUCAUCGGCCGCGUCAAGGGCCAGAAGGUCACCCUCGAGCUGUAG